AUGGAUCUUGUCCUGCUGCAGCUCCUCGUGGUUUGGGUGCCAGAGCUUCAAGAUGAUCCUUUCAAUAUUGAGGGCAUAGACUUUCUGUCUCUGCAGAAGCAUCUUAAGGAUAUCCUUGCAUCUAUAAUAUCAAGGAGAAAGGCCUACCGUCUCAGAGAUGGUCACUUCAAGUAUGCCUUUGGAAGUAAUGUGAACCCACAGCCUUAUCUGAAGAAUAGUGUUAUUGCUUACAACAACUUAACUGAGUGCCCUCCCACAUGCUUAGCUCCCCCUCCUGGUCAAAACCUUGCUUCCCACCCACCUCCUGAUGAUGCUGAGCAGCAAGCAGCUCUACUCCUAGCAUGUUCUGGGGACACCUCUCCAGCCACUCUGCCACCAGUCAACAUGUAUGACCUCUUCGAAGCUCUGCAGGUCCACCGAGAAGUGGUUCCUGCACACACAGUCUAUGCCCUCAAUAUUGAAAGGAUCAUCUUGAAGCUCUGGCACCCAAACCACGAGGAGCUGCAGCAGGACAAGAUCCAUCGGCAGCGGCUGGCUGCAAAGGAAGGACUCCUCACAUGCUGAGGCAGAAGCAGUGGCCAGUGCUAACGAUCGGCUGGGCUGGUAUCUCCUGGACCUGCCAGUUGGGCAUUUUGACUUUGGGAUCACAGGACUUGCAUUAUUGUGCCAGCUUUCCCAAGUGGAAAUGUGGACUUCUUUCCUAUGGAAAUAUUACUUGAGAAACCAGAGUGCUUUGUGCUUGCUUCUAGAAAGGAUAAAAGAGCAGUGCCUCAGCAAUGCGUAUGCUUUGCCUAGGCACCCUCUUUUAAUCACAGUGCACGGCAGUCAUUCCAAAAAUAGUUUUGUGUCACUGUGGAAAAGGAAAGUGACAUGGUUUGCUGUGGAGAACCUGUUCCUGUUAUUAUUCCCUUCAUGGAAUGAAGGAUUGUGGCCAGAGAUUGACAGAGGCUGGUUCUUAGAGUUGCCAAGUUUUAGGGCUGCAGUUUGAGCCGCUGCCCUGGGCUGCUUUUGCAACUAUAGCAAAGAGCUUUGUACAUAGCAAAGAGCUUUUGUGUUGGGUUUAUAUAAUGUAUGACAAAAGGGAAAAAUAUUGAUCCACAUUAAUAAAAUCGGCUGUAAGACAAUUCUCAUAAAAGAGAAUCUUUUUAUCUCA